CGACUGCUUCCGGCGUCAGCGGGGCUGCCGCUGCCUUCGCGAUAUGGCUGCGUUGGUUCGGCAGGUCUCGGAUUGGCACCGCCUGAUCCCCCUCACCUGGUCCCUUAUUGCUAGGCAGACUACUCAGCUUGGAGAACAGAAGAGGACGACUGCUUUUUUGCUCCGUAAACUGACAACGGUCUCCAGCGGGGGGGGCCUGGGGGAGUCACCCUUUGUUGAACCCCAGAAGUGCGCACAAGAACCAGAGCACAGGACGGGGCUGACUCAGUGCCUCCUUGAGAAGCAGAGGACGGCUGUGGAGCGAGAGAAGAUCGUCAGUUCCCUCCUGGACAUGGGUUUCAGUGAUGUCCAUGUUAACGAACUGCUCGGUAUACAGCCAGGUACCCACCCUCAGCAGUUACUGGACAUCAUUUCAGAAUUAGUACUCCUGGGUCUGAAUCCAGAGCCUGUUUGUGUGGCCUUAAAGAAAAGUCCUCAAUUACUGACACUGCCUGUCAUGCAAAUGAAGAAGCGCUCCAGUUACCUGCGAAAGCUGGGGCUUGGAGAAGGGAAAUUAAAGAGGGUGCUUUACUGUUGCCCUGAAAUUUUCACCAUGCGUCAGCGGGACAUUGAGAUCAUCGUCGGGGUUCUCAAGGAGAAGUGCCUUUUCACGGUAAAGCAAGUCACCGAGAUUUUGCACAGAUGCCCCUGUGUUCUUCGGGAGGACCCUGGUGAACUGGAAUACAAAUUCCAGUAUGCCUAUUUCAGGAUGGGGAUUAAACAUGUGGACGUGGUGAAGACCGACUUCCUGCAGUACUCCAUGACCAAGACCAAGGAGAGGCACGUGUUCCUGGAGCGCCUGGGCCGGUACCAGACCCCCGACAAGAAGGGGCAGACGCUGGUCCCCAACCCUUUACUCAAGGACAUCCUCAGGGUUUCGGAAGCUGAGUUUCUGGCCAAGACAGCCUGUUCUUCUGCUGAGGAGUUUGAGGUUUUUAAGAAACUCGUGGCCCGGGAGGAGGAGGAGUCUGAGGGCCGAAUGGCUGACGCCGAAAGUCUGGAGGAGGAGGAGGAGGAGGAGCCGGAGGAAGGGGAGGAGCAGGAGCUGUGAUGGACGGACUGGAG